AUGAAGGUGGCUCAGAUCAUCCGCCAUCCCCAGUACAAUGACAGCCUGUCUGCCAAGGAGAGCACAGACGUGGCCCUGCUGGAGCUGGAGGCCCCUGAUGCUUUCGUAGCACGUGUACCCCGUGUCCCUGACGCCUGCCUCCCUAAGGUCCACUCAGGGAAGACCUGCUGGGUGACUGGCUGGGGUGACAUUGUGGAUAGAAACCCUGGCUCAGGCCGCGAAUUGGUGGACAUCGUCGGGGGCUGUGAUGUCAUGGCCAGGAGGUACCCCUGGCAGGUCAGCCUGAGGUUCUACAGCAUGAAGUCUGGCCUGUGGGAGCACUUCUGUGGAGGCUCCCUUGUGCACCCGCAGUGGGUGCUGACUGCUGCCCACUGUGUUGAGCCGGAGGAGCUGGAGGUUUGUGCCUUUAGAGUCCAAGUUGGGCAGCUGAAACUCUAUGACCAUGACCAGCUGACGAAGGUGGCUCAGAUCAUCCGCCAUCCCCAGUACAAUGACAGCCUGUCUGCUGCGGGGGGUGCAGACGUGGCCCUGCUGGAGCUGGAGGCCCCUGUGAUGCUUUCGGAGCACGUGUACCCCGUGUCCCUGCCGCCUGCCUCCCUGAGGGUUCGCUCAGGGAAGAUCUGCUGGGUGACCGGCUGGGGUGACAUUGUGGAUAGAACACCACUGCCCCCACCCUUCAAACUACAGGAGGUGGCUGUCCCCAUUGUGGGGAAUGAGGAAUGUAACCAGCAGUAUAAGAGCUACUUCAAUGACUCCGACUCCGAGGAGAUUAUCAAAGAGGACAUGCUGUGUGCCGGGAGGGAGGACAGGGACUCCUGCCAGGGUGACUCCGGGGGCCCCCUGGUGUGCAGGUGGAACUGCUCCUGGGUCCAGGUGGGGGUAGUGAGCUGGGGCAUCUUGUGUGGUCAUCGUGACUUCCCUGGGGUGUACGCCCGUGUGACAAGCUACAUGUCCUGGAUCCGCGAGUACGUCCCUCGGUUCCCUGGAUCCUAGAUGGGUUCCUGGUGAGGGAGUCCCCUGUCAUCC